AUGGUGAACUGGAUUCUCGGAGACAAGUUCGACACUGUCUACCCACACAAGGGGUCUAUCAAGGCCCUGUGGGAGACGAAGUGGAAAUUCUGCUGCACCAAAUCCAUCUACCCAUUCCACGAUGGCUCCAUCGAGGACUUUGAGCCGAUUUUCCAGAAGCUCAUCGCCGUAAGCGCAAUCCCCAAACACACAAAGCCCAGCCCUAACACAUCCAAGGAAAACAUCAACGACGCCUCCACAGACGCCUAUACCGAAGCCUUUCUCCAAACAGCAGCAAAACUGGAAGCCGAAGCCAACGAAGCCCUCUCAAAAGGCCAAACCUCCACAGCCGCCGACCUCUACCGCCGCGCAGCUGUGGUCCUCCGCAUCUCCCGCUUCCCCUACGUAAGCCCGUCAACCAAGCCAGAAACCUCCAUCAAGCGCCGCGCCUUCAACCUCCAGAAGAAAGUCUACCUCCAAGGUGCCUCCCUCUGGGACCCCAUCAUCAAAGAAGAGGUGAUCCCGCACACGCACCGCGCGGGCCGCGACGGCCCCACAAUCCCGAUCUACAUCCGUCUUCCCAAAGAAGCGAGCAACGGCCCUGUUCCGACUGUGCUGCUCAUGACGGGACUGGACGGGUACAGACCUGACAACAGCCAGCGCACCCACGAGAUCAUCAACCGCGGCUGGGCGACUGUUAUCGCGGAGAUUCCGGGGACGGCGGAUUGUCCUGCUGAUCCUGCGGAUCCGGAGUCGGCGGAUAGGCUUUGGUCUAGUGUGCUUGACUACAUGGCUGGACGGAGGGAAUUUGAUAUGGAGCGGGUUGCGGCUUGGGGGCUUAGUGCAGGUGGCUACUAUGCCAUUCGGGCGGCUUGUACGCAUCGUGACAGGCUUGCGGGUUCUGUUGCUCAUGGACCCGGGUCGCAUCAUGUGUUUGAUCCGGAGUGGUUGGCUAAGGCCAAUGACCAUGAGUAUCCGUUUGAGCUUACACCUGCUUUGGCCGAGAAGUAUGGCUAUGACAGUCUUGAGGACUUCGUGCAGAAUUCUAAGAAGAAGUUCUCGCUUGUCGAGACUGGUAUUAUUGACCAGGACAACUGUCGUCUGCUUUUGCUCAACGGCAUUGAUGACGGUUGUGUCCCCAUUGAGGACUCGAUGGUGCUCCUCAACCACGGAGGUCCCAAGGAAGGACGGUUCUUCGAGAACCGAGUGCACAUGGGAUACCCUGACAGUCUGCCGGUGGCCUACAAGUGGUUGGAGAGUGUACUCUCUCCCAACAUGAAGCAGGUGAAGAACUAA